AGCAAAUUGCAAAAAUUGUAUUCCAUUCUGGUUUUAUCAGAAACACAAUUGUGUACUUUUUUUUUCUUGGUCCAAUUAAGCAAGAGGGAAAGAAUUGACCCUUGCUUUGCUUGCACCCGUUAUCUGAGUUGGUAUGUUUUCCUAAAACGAUGCAUACCUUCAACCAAUCUACCACAAAGACAACUAAGUUUAGAGGCAACAAUGACCUCAUGAGAAAACCUCUUCAGCUAAAAAUUAAUAUUAAUUUAGCAUAGCAGCAGUGCAUGUGAGUUGUGCCACGACCCUUCUCAGACAUCCAGCCAACUACUACUAAUCUAACUUUACAUCACGACAAUCUUGUCCUUCAUCAUGGCUGCUUCGUUUUCUUAAACCUUUCCUUUUUUCUCUUGGACAGUACGAGGCAAGGAAAGUGCUCCUUCUUUGCCAUUAAUUUUGGAUUCUGUGGUAAUUGAUCUACUCAUGGGAAUCCAGCUGGUCUUGUUUCUCUUUCUGGCUUCUCUGCGAUUGGGUUUAUCUCAAGAUGUUGAACAUGGUUUGAUUCUAGUAGAAGGAACUCAAGCAAUCGCUGAAACUGAUGAUAACUUCAUCUGUGCAACUAUUGAUUGGUGGCCUCAUGAAAAGUGUGAUUACAACAAUUGCCCCUGGGGUAAUUCAUCUGCUGCAAAUUUGGACUUGUCUCAUCCUUUCCUUGUGAAGGCAAUCCAAGCUCUCAAGCCUUUGAGGAUAAGAGUUGGAGGUUCUUUGCAAGAUCAGUUGCUGUAUGAGGUAGGAAGUUUGAAGUCCCCUUGUCAUCCAUUUCAAAAGAUGAAAGGUGGAUUGUUCGGAUUUUCAAAGGGGUGUUUGCAAAUGAAAAGGUGGGAUGAGCUGAAUCAUUUUUUCGAUAAUACAGGGGCCAUUGUGACAUUUGGUUUGAAUGCACUCAAGGGGAGGCACCCCAGUGGCCAUAAUACUCUUUGGCAAGGAGACUGGGACUCUUCCAAUGCUUAUGGUUUAAUCAAUUACACUGUUUCAAAGGGGUACAAGAUUGACUCAUGGGAAUUUGGUAACGAGUUGAGUGGGAAGGGCAUUGCAGCAAGUGUGAGUGCUGUACAGUACGGGAAAGACUUGAUAAAGCUUAAAGAAGUUUUAAACUCAUUAUACAAUAACUCCGAUUUCAAACCUUUACUUGUAGCACCUGGAGGGUUCUAUUCUAAGGACUGGUAUGAUAAGCUUCUUCAGGUUACAGGUCCAGGCAUAGUCAAUGUGCUCACUCAUCAUCUCUAUAAUUUGGGCCCAGGUAGUGACGAGCAUCUUGACAGGAAGAUUCUAGAUCCCGAACACUUGAGCAAGGUGGAAUCAAUUUUCAGAAGUCUUUCAGAAACCAUUAAAAAAUAUGGUCAUUGGUCUUCUGCAUGGGUAGGAGAAGCUGGUGGAGCAUUCAACAGCGGUGGUCGUCAAAUUUCUAACACAUUUGUAGAUAGCUUUUGGUACUUAGAUCAACUUGGAAUGGCAUCCAGAUACGACACUAAGGUUUACUGCAGACAAACUAUAAUUGGAGGAAACUACGGACUUCUCGAUACCACUACUUUCGUUCCUAAUCCUGACUACUACAGUGCACUUUUGUGGCAUCGACUAAUGGGGAAGACUGUUCUUGCAGCCAGUAGUGAUGUUUUUUCACCUUCUUUACGCACUUAUGCACAUUGUUCGAAAGGCAGAGAUGGUAUAACAUUACUGCUGAUCAAUUUGAGCAAUCAGACUGGUUUCACACUGAUGGUUCGUGAUCGAGUGCCUCUGAGUAGUGGAGGACAUGAAAAGGGUACAAGUAUACAUGUAGAAAAUUCAUUCAUAAAUAAUCUGAAGAGGGCAUUUUCUUGGAUUGGAAGAAAAGGAUCAGAUGUGACAUUCAGGGAGGAGUACCACUUAAAUUCAAAAGAUAAUUACCUUAGAAGCCAAACCAUGUUGCUGAAUGGUGUUCCCCUAGAGUUGACAAAUGAUGGAGAAAUUCCGAAGAUGGAACCACGUCUCAUUAGUGUGCACUCUCCAAUACACUUAGCUCCUUUAUCCAUUGCAUUUGUUGUAUUGCCCUACUUUGAUGCUCCACCUUGUGCUGCUCAAACAAAACUUUAACCCAAACCCUCCUUAAGUGAAUCUUGUAGACUACUAAUUAUUAGGACUGUCAUUAUGUAUUUAAUAGCUUAUAUAUACUUGUGUCAAAGUUGUAAUCACCUUUACACUUUAUUCAAAUUAUUUAAAAUUU